CCAAGCUCCGCGCGGAAAAGUCCCAGCUCUUCAAUUCAAUCUUCUACCACCACGCAUCGGGGUCUGGAGAACCGGCUAUCUCAGUAAUCCAUACUCACGUACUCCUAAACAGACUCGUCAGGGUACUUUCGACUUAUGAGCCAGAUAUUUCGACAUGCUGCUUAAUGCCAAGACAGCCAUUUCCACCUCCACGGUGCUUUUAGUCCCAUAUUCCAAAUGGCACGUUCCAAGAUACCAUGAAUGGAUGAAAGAUGAGGAAAUCCAAGAAGCAACCGCAUCCGAACCCCUCUCUAUAGAGGAAGAAUACGCCAUGCAACAAAGCUGGCGCCAAGACCCGGACAAGUUAACAUUCAUCGUCUGUCUCCCAUCACCAUCCCAAACAGAAACCUCAACACCCGCCAUCAAAGACACAGACGACGCCCCAGACCGAAUGGUCGGAGACAUCAAUUUAUUCCUCCGCGUCGAUGACGGCGAAGAAGGAGACGCGGAGCCCCAAAUCAUCGGGGAAAUUGAACUAAUGAUAGCCGAGAAGAAUAACCAGCGCAAGGGCUUUGGGAAAGCCGCUCUGAAUACUUUCCUACGGUAUAUCGUUGACCAUGAAGCGGAGAUUUUGGAUGAGUUUGUUAGCAGGGAUGAGACUGCCGCGACGGCAUUGAAGGGGAUGGAGGCGGUCCUUAAGUUUGCUUGUUUGAGUGUGAAAAUUGGUCAGGCUAAUGAGCGGAGUCUGGCGCUGUUUGAGGGUGCUAUGUUUAGGAAGGUUGCUGAGGAGCCAAAUUACUUUGGGGAGUUUGAGUUGAGGAGGGAAAGGGAUGCGCUCGGACGGGAGAUGGUUGAUGUGAGUUUGGAGAGGGCUGGGGUGUCGGGGUAUGUUGAAGUGGGUUAUGGGAGGGUAGAGUGAUCCUCGAGUAGUGGAUCUCUUAUGGGACGUUGUUGUAGAUUUGCUUGGUCAUGAUAGAAUACUGUCACAUAGGUCUUAGAUCUUAAUCUAUGACAUCAGAGGACUGGGGCAGUCUGACUGGGCUGUACAUCUCAAAC